AUGCCACGGACCUUACGAACGCUGUCGUCGUUGUGGCGAGGACAGAAAAAUCGUGAAUUAGUCAACGAAUUGAGACGUCAUCCCGAACGUCUACCUGGCCACGUACAACUUUUUAUCCCUACACAAUGUCAAGAUAAACAUAAUCGUUCUAGCGUUCUUAUAAACAAUAAUUCAAAACAACAAUUGAAUCGUACCACGAAUACACCGGGUUUCAGCGCAGCCACUCAUAUAUGGCCUCAGUUACCGAACAAGUUGGAUAUAGUAGUGGAUCCAAAUGUGAUGAAAAAAUUUGACGAUGAAUUGAAAACAAUUAAAGAUAAUUUUAAUCAAGAGCUGAAAAGGUCAAACGAGAUUUAUGAAAAGAAAAUGAUUCAAUUUCGCGAAGGUUGGCAAUUAAUAUCGCAACAAGUAAAAAUCCAACAGGAAAUGAUCACCGGUUUGUCGGCUAGCAUUAUUUCGACCGUCAUGCCAAUGGGAGCCAGUGUUCUCCAAAUAAUGUCGUCAAUCACUCAAAUCCUUCAAAGCAAUGAACAAAAUGAAACACUGAAAAAUAAUUUAAAUCAAAUGUCACAACAACUACUCAUCGAAAACAAUAAAUUUUUCGAAUAUCACACUUCAAUUCAAAAACAACUUACGACACUGAUUGGGAAAUUAACAGCAGCUUCAAUCGAGGGAAUGGACUUACUCUUUUGCUCAAAUGAAUAA